AUGGAGCCAACCCGGCCGCGGCGCCUAGCUACGCGGGCCGGCUUCGAGAUUGCCGUCAUCUGUGCUCUCCCAAUCGAAGCCGAUGCCGUCGACGCCCUCUUCGAUGACCACUGGGACGAUGGCGGCCCCCCCUACGACAAAGUGGCGGGCGAUCCUAAUGCGUACUCCACCGGCGCCGUCGGACGCCACAACGUCGUCCUCGCACAUAUGCCGGGCAUGGGCAAGGCCAGCGCCGUGGCCGUUCCCGCCCACUGCCGCGCAAAAUUUCCCAACAUCAAACUCGCCCUCGUCACUAGCAUUUGCGGCGUCGUUCCCUUUCGUCCCGGCGGCAGCGGCGCGACGGCCGAGACCGUGCCAGGCGACGUCAUCGUCAGCGAUAGGGUCGUACAGUGCGACCUCGGACGGCGACUACCCGAGCAUUUCGUUCCGAAGGAUAUACUUCUGGACGCUCUAGGCAGACCGAGCGCCGAGAUCCGCGAGCUACUCGCCAAGAUCAAGGGCCUCCGUAGCCGGAAGAUGCUCCAGAGCAGAAUGGCCGUGCUCCGGGGCGAACCGGAGCUAGCGGCCGCGCACCCCGGUGCUGCGCUGGACAAACUGCUUGAGGCGACGUAUCGCCAUGUGAGCGACGGGAAGUCGUGCGAGGAGUGCGGUUGCGACGGCAAACUAGUGCCGCGUGCCCGUUUCGGGCAGGGCGAUGGACAGCCUGCUGUUCACUUUGGCCUGAUUGCGUCAGACGAUACAGUCAUGAAACCGGGCGAGGACCGCGACAACAUCGCACGGCAGGCGGGUAUCGUCGGCUUUGAAAUGGAGGGCGCCGGUGUUUGGGACAGCUUCCCCUGCUUGGUCAUCAAGGGUGCCUGCGGUGCCUGCGACUACGGGGACAGCCACAAGACCAAGGCGUGGCAGCGGAACGCCGCGACGGCAGCGGCAUGCAUGAAUGCAUUCUUGAGUUACUGGGUGACCUUAACGAUAGCGUACGCAUCCAUCGCACAGGAAUGCCAGGUACCGGGCUACGACGACCCAAAGGCAGACGUGUUGGUGCUGGUGAAGGGCUCGCUGGAGAGGAAGGGUCGCGGCCGAUGGUUGAUAGUUAUCGACAAUGCCGACGAUCUACAGCUCUUCUUUGGGCAGCAUAUGGGGCUUGCGAAUGCCACCUCUCCCAGCCGCGGGGAGAGUCUCGGACGGUACCUUCCCGGGUGCUCGCACGAUGCUAUUCUUGUCAAAACCAGGAACAAGCAAACGGGCUCGAGGCUGGCCAAGGGAAACCGCCCUAUCGAGGUCGGCAGGGUGGAUGCCGAGGAGACGGCCCAGCUGCUUCGUGCACGGCUUGGCGGAAUCGACGCCGCUUCCGAAGAAGCCUCGGCUCUUUCAUCUCGGCUGGAGCACCUACCGCUGGCGCUCGUUCAGGCAGCGGCGUUUAUCCAAGAGAACACCAUAAACGCUGCAACUACCUUCGGCUCUUGGAUGAGGGCGAGCAGAACGUCAUCGAUCUACUCAGUGAGGAAUUCGAGGCAGACGGGAGAGGCUCGGAGACUCCUCGUGCGGUGGCUGAGACAUGGAUUCUUUCCUUUGAGCAGAUCUAGCGGCUGA